UUGGGUUUCGGCUUGUUAUGGUCGUCCAAGCGCUAUAGAUGAGUCUACAUGCGAUGUUGAUCUCCUUUCAAUACCAUCAGAUCCAAAUCCAGAUGAAGAAACACGAUUGCAUAUAGCUUGGAUCUUACAUAUUAAUUUGUUGCGCAUUUUUGCUCAAGUUCGUAAAUAUUUACAUGGUUGGGCAAAAAUUGCUGGCAGUAGUCGGGAGGAAAAUCAGUUUCGUUUUUUAGAUGGAACUUUAGGGAAAUGGUUUUAUACUUUACCACAUUGGUUAAAAUUUGAAGAAAUGGCACAAGAUCCGAAAGGAAGUUUCUUAGGUGCAAUCGGAGGAGAAAUGCAUACUCUUUUCUGGACGGUACUUAUUCUUCUUCAUAGUCGCAAUCUUACCAUGUUCACUUCGGAUCAUUCGUUGGAUGAUUCAAAUUUGCCAUCUCAAACUAUUUGUGUUCAUGCUGCAAUAAUUCUUCUCCAUUGUCUUGAUGUACUUAUGAAUACUGUGCCAAAUUUUUAUGAACAAUCUUGCACUGCUCUUUUUUCGUUUGCACCUGCCAUACGUGUGUUAACGUGGACUGCUAAACGUGGUGAUUCUAAAUCAGAACUUAUGGUACAAAGGCUAAAUGAGAUUAAGAAAGAAGUUGCAGAGAUUGCAAGGCGAAGAUUUGUUGACCAAACCACAGGUGAAGGUAGAUUAGAUGGUGAGGAAAAACUAAAAGGAAGUUUAAACGUAUUUAAGGCGUACGAAGAACAAGCGACGUUUGAUUCUGAAAAACAAAAAGAUAAUUUGUAUAAAAAAUACCGAAAGUCCCCUAACUUACCUACGUGGGGUGAUGAUAAAAAUAAUUUCGCUUUUACCUUCAAUUUACCUGUUAAUUUUAAUAAUUCAACUACACAAUAUUUAUCAUCACAACAUCCUAUUGACGGUGAUCAACAAAAUUAUCAACAAUCGACUACUGAUAAUUCAACUAUUUCAAAUAUUUUUUUUGACUCUAUUUCAUCUCAGAACGCUUCCACUUCCAUCUUUACAAAUCUUACAGUACCGCAAAAUCCUGAUUUAUCUUACAAUCAACAAACAAAUAUGCCCAUUUUUAGCAACAAUAACUUUAAUUUUUAA